UUUCGUCGGUAAUUGUCAAAUGUCACUUUUGGGUUCUCUUCUGGAUUUUUUUUAUUUUCCAUUUUUCCAACGUUAUGUCAAAAAAGAGAAGUUUAUUUUUUAUUAAAAUCGGAAAAUCCUAACGUAGAAAAGUAUUUAAUUUUUGUGAUAUUUACUAAUUUAGUGAAAAUGUCCAGCACGGAGCAAAAAAUCGAUGGCCUGCUCGACAGAUUGCAGCAGGAGCGGUCGCCAAGGGGUCCUGGAGGCUUAGCUGCAUCAAGACCCACUUUACCCACUCUAAAUCUAAGCCGACAAGGCAGCCCCAACAUGUCAAGACCACAACAAUUGAUCUUGGGCCCACGAAGGAAUGACAAUGCAGAGACUGAAAACAGACUUAGAGAAAUUAUGAAGACUAGUGGCGAUAUCAAAAUCGAUGGAGUUCUUUACAGAACAGAUAUUAAAGAUAUGGUACAUAUUGAAGAAUUAGGUUAUGGAACUUGUGGACAUGUUGUCAAAAUGAGACACAAUCCUAGUGGCAAGAUUAUUGCUGUUAAGCAAAUGAGACGCUCUGGCAACAGUGAAGAACUAAAACGAAUUAUCAUGGAUAUUGAAGUAGUCCUUAAAUCUGACUGCAAAUAUAUUGUAAAAUGUUUAGGAUGUUUUAUAACGGAAUCGGAAGUUUGGAUUUGUAUGGAACUAAUGGACACAUGCUUUGAUAAACUUCUUAAAAGGUUGAAACAACCAGUACCUGAAGAGGUGUUAGGGAAAGUUAGUGUAGCUACAGUAGAAGCAUUAGCGUAUUUGAAGGACCAACACAAUGUAAUCCAUAGGGACGUAAAACCAUCAAAUAUACUUUUAGACACUAGAGGAAAUGUAAAACUCUGUGAUUUUGGUAUUAGUGGUAGAUUAGUUGACUCAUUGGCUAAAUCACGAAGCGCUGGAUGUGCCGCUUACAUGGCACCGGAACGUAUAGAACCAGAUCCAAAAAAUCCAGACUAUGACGUUAGAGCGGACGUGUGGUCGUUAGGAAUAACCUUAGUAGAACUGGCUACAGGUGUUUUUCCCUACCAAGACUGUAAGACUGACUUUGAAGUACUGACCAAAGUGAUUGUGACUGAUCCGCCAUGCUUACCUGAGGAUAAAAAGUUCUCAACUGAGUUUCGAGAAUUUGUUAAGUGCUGUUUAACAAAAGAGAAAGCCCAACGGCCAAAAUACACAAAACUCAAAAACCUUCCUUUUAUUAAAAUGUAUCAGGUGACAGAAGUGAAUGUAGGCGAGUGGUAUGUAACGGCAUUGCAAAGGGUCAACGAUAGGGCAGCGGCCAGGCACCCGGUACGGCAAUUCUUUUCAAUGCAACAAAAACCGGCACUGUCAAAGUUGCCUACAGCACAAACUAUACAAAAUGGCAGCCAUUUUGCACCGAAGCCAAUUAAACCGCUAGUCAGUCAACUUCAGUCGAGAUCGUCUGGUCGAGAUGAAGAUGAAAGAGGGUCGUCAGUAGGACCCCAACAGGGCUUCCACAGCUCCCGUUUGGAGGCGUUCCAGUUGGGCGGUAGUGUUUCACGGCCUGUUAGUAAUAAUAGAAGCUUUUCUCCACUACAAGCCUAUCAGAAUCAUAUUGCUGCUAUGCAGCAGAGAGACGAGAUUGGUGUAAAUAAGGCGUAUCCGGUUGGUCUUUGUUCGCCAAUGCCUCAAAGGAAAUUUGGUGGUGUAAAUUCCGGACAUUCUUCUCUACCGGAAACCCGUAGCCAAAGCGAAACACGUUGGAAAUCACCGAUUGGAUCUCCUUUACCACUGCGAAGUGACUUUCAAAGUGAAGAACCCCAAUACGUCUGUGGCAAUACUAGUCCGAUAAUUUUACAAAGAUUUUAUCAUCAACAAAAACAACAACAAUUAAUAAAGGAAAUUGGAGAAGGGUCAAAAGUAGAUCCAUGUAAAAAACGAUUCGCAUCGUACAUCAAGAUGCAACUCUCCGGAGAGAAAAGCGGAAAAUCGUCGAGACAUCAAAGUCCGGAACCUCCUCCUCGAACAAGUAGGGGACAUAGCGCAGGUGACUCGCAAAGUCCCUUGGCUUUACGUAGGGCCUUUUUGGAAACGCAUACGCCUAAUUCGCCUAGUUUGUCUCGAAGGUUCUGUUAUAGAUAUGUACAGCCGGCCCCACCGGUACCACCUCCAAGACGCCUCUCGGAAAGCACCUCAGUGCCCGGUUCGCCCCAACAUUUAAGGGCUCGAUUUCAUUACACCCCGGAACCACAACGGAGGGUGUUUCAGCCAACCAACGACGUCCCUUCUUCUUCAUAGCAAACGGCCUCUGAUCCUACGUCUUGUGCGUACUUAGUUAAUUUCUGCUUUGGAUUGAAUAGAUAGGUAUAAUUUGUUUUAAAUUGCAUAAUUUUAUCAGUUUAAUUAUAUUGUCAGUUUUACGUUGCGUUGUUUAAAAUAACACACAUAAUAAAACAAUUAAUUCUAGCCAAUUGUCAGACUCCUAUAUUUAUUUGAAAUGUUCAGCAAUAUUGUCUUGAAAAUCGAUAAAUAGUUGAAAUCUUAUAAUAUUUUAUAAGGUUGUUAGAUGGUCAUUUAACAAAUUUAAUUGUGUGUUUAGUCAAAAACCUGCAAAAUAAUCAUAAAUCGCAAUUAAACGUGCCUAUUUAUGACCUCAGUAAUAUAGCUAAUUGUACAAAGUAUUAUAUUGUAAUGCUACUACGUGUUUUUACAUUUUAUAUAUCGAGUAUCAAAAAAAAUUAUAUUUUGGAUAAGUAGUGAGGGUCAUUUUUAAACUAUAAACCUGCUUUUGGAUAUUAAAUUACAGGGCCCCCUGAAUAACUUCUUUUUUUUCUACAGUAUGAACCAUUUCCAUUGGUACCAUGUACCAUGGUAAAAUUUUAGGUUAUGAACCGAUUUAAACCACACUUUUUUUUAUUAUCAAAUAAUGAAAGGUUACUAACGAAAGAUACGACGGAACAACAUAUUAAAUAUUUAGUCCAGUUUUUAGAAAUACUUUUAUUUUUAGCGAAUGUUAAAGAAAACAUUUUACUUUAAUAAAACUAGGAGAACUGCUGCCUGGCUUUUUCCCCAAAUCGAGGACACAAUUGUUUAAUUGUCUGGAGAGUACUAGUGGACUCAAUUAAUUCACUAUUUUAUCAUAAUUGAAGGACCACAGCUUAUAUGGCUUUCAACCAAUAAACGUAAUAAAUAAAACAAACUUCUACAAUAAAAAAUAUGCCCUUUUGUUAACUCCAAAGAAGGAAAAUAAAACAAUUGUUUAGCAUGGCCGGUGUAAACUAUGGGCUGUCUUUGCUGUCGUUACUUAUACUCAAUUUAACUUUAUUUACACUCACUUUUGCUUCUUAGCAGGUAACUUCCCUCACUUCUUACUAACUAGUAACAAUGAUACUUAUACUCUGAUGGCGAUAGAUGAAGUAGUUCAACCUAUUGCAUCAACACACAACGACCGCAAAGUCGUAACUAAGACAUUUAUACUCAUAAAGGUAGGUUUUAACUGGAUUCACAGUAUUCAUUGUAUAAGGUCAUUUACGGACUUUCGCGAAGUCACUAAGAACCCAUUUUUGGGUUAUUACGGAUUAUGGACCUAAACUUGACCACUAAAGGUGUGGUGUGUUGGAUAAAAAAGAGAAAAUCAAACUCAAAAACAGUAAUCCCAACUAGCAAUUUUAGUUACGGCUACAACAUUGUUUGACUAUAUUACUUUAUUCAAGUAAUAAAUCGGUAACUGGUACCAAAAAAAUAUCUUAUAAGUUUAAAUAACUGCCCAGUAAAAAAUAGUAGUAAGAAAUACGUAAUAUUAACUUAAUAUUUGACUAUAUAGUAGCGACCUGACCUAAUUACCUUUACAACGUCGUUACUAUAAGUAGAAAAUAUUGGUCGGUGGGACUAUUAAAUGGGAGCGCAAUUAAGCGCGAUUACAAAGUUAAAUUUCAAGUUCUUGCGACUACAGAGGAACAUCAAAAUAUUACCACGCAGUAAUACACUUUGAAGUAAUAUUAUCAGUAACAAGACCGAAAUAGUUACCCUUAUUUCUUCUUUAAAGUAAUAUUUACCACCUUGGCUAUUAAAGCAAAUUACCUUUAAGUAAUUAUUUCUACUAUGCAGUAAAAUAUACUUUAUAGUAGCAUUUUUUUGAAAUAAUUUACUUAUUCCUAAGUCAUUUUUACUUUGAAGUAACAAAAGAAACUUCUUGGUAACUAACAACAAUUCGCCAUAUUUUUUUUAAUUAUUUGACUCCAUUUUGUGAAAAGGUAUUGCACGAUUUUAUGAACUUGCUAAAACCGGAAUACUUUUACAUUUUAUGAAAUUUUUAUUAAAUUAUAGACUUCUUAUAUUCAUAGGAGUAAAGAGGAGUGAAAAAAAUUAUCUACCUUCUCUAAAAAAUUAAAUUUAAAUAUUUAGACUUGGUAUAUUUUUUUGUUAAAAGUCAUUAUUUUAAUGAGGCGUUCUUUAUUUUCGUCCUAUAUUGCCUAUGUUUAACAGUAAAAUUUGCUUGGUUUACAUUUUUCCACUCCGGUAAGCGAUAAUAUCAGCUAUAUUAAAUACAAUAUGAAGUAGAUUAACAACGAUACAACGCCAUCAGUUAGAAUAAAGACGGACAUAUAAAAUUAUUUGUGUUGUCAAAGAAAGAGAAUCAAAAUGUUUGCAUAAUAUUGUCUCAGUAUCUUCUUAGUAACUAUCACUGCACAAUUACUACUUUAUGACAUCCCGAAAACCACUAUGGGACGUUAAAAAGAAGUUUCCGGGACGAUAGAAUUACGUAUUUGCUACAGCAAAAUCAUUCCCAAUGUUGGUAAAAAAGUGGUAACAGAACGGUGCCUAAACGGUUCCCGCGACUAGUAACCACAACUUUAAAGUAUUCUUUAUAGUCGCGAUUACGUAGCUGUUACCAAAAAUGCUAGUUGGGAUUGAACAUCAAGAGUCUAGAGAGAGGCUAUAUUAGGGUUUAAGCAGUAAUGGGGAACAGGGGUGACAUCGCAAGCAACUUCGACCGUGACUUUACUCACACACUACAUCUCGGCGACACUGACUUAAAUCGACUGUAACGACUAAACUGGCCGUGCGACUUUUUCUUAGUGGGUACGAAAGUGCAUAUUUCUUCAAAAACGGAUGUGAGAAAGAGCCUAUGAGUCUUAUAUGGUGUUACCGUUUAAGACAUUUCUUUCUUUAUGAUCGCUGGGAACCUUCUGGGAUCGAUUAUAUCCUUACAAUUGUAGAUAUAAACCGACUAAGAAUAAAUACAUCUUGAUGACAGAAAAGGGUGUUUGCGUAUUUACCCACAUAUCAGAUGGUGCCAAAAUAGGAACAUGCCCCACCUAUUACUCCCACAAUAUUGGGAUACCACCUAAAAUUUCAAAACCUGAUAUUUCUUCUGUUCCCAAUCAUUUGGCAAUUCCAAUCUUACAACAAUUUACACAACACAUUUGUGAUGACCGAUUGCCUACAACAAUAUAUUCUCCACAAGAGGCUUGCAAUUUUUUUUCUGAAAGAUUUCGAAUUGAAUAAAUGAGCGGAUCAUGAUUGUUUUUAAUAAUUCUGGUGCAGCAUAAUUUUUUAAAUAUUUUAGAGACACAAAUUAAUUUUUACUUAUGGGUAUUAAAUACCUUUACAUAUAUGACAAAUAACAAAUCCCCUGGAGAAGAUUUUAAUUAUAAAGAUUUUUUUUUUUAGUCACUGACGCUUUUAAAGGCGCAAAAAGCUGUUGCAAUCUUAUAAUUUAAUUAGUAACUUGUCAUUGUCCACAUCAAUGGAGCAAUCUUGUAUAUUACCGUUCUUACUCUGCUACCUUACAUGUACAAGCUAUUCACUCGAAUACUCCCAACCCUGGACCUUUAUCAACCAAGGGAACAGGCUGGGCUUCGACCAGGUUGUGGCAUGAACGAUCCAAGUCCAUUGAAUACAAUAAACUACUUUGUUCUGUCUAUUUAUUCACUACGUCCUGAUAUUCAUUGCGAUUGCGAAAAAGCCUUUGAUACUAUAAACCAGUAUCAGAUGUUAUAGUCAUUAUCCGACUAUAGAUAUACUUUUACGAACCUGCUUGAGUAUAUGUUCAUAUCUAUACAUUUGGAAAAUCAUAAGGGUUAAACAUAAACGGUGAAAGUCUAACACAUUUAAGAUUCGCAGAUAUAGUCCUAAUACCACAGCGCCUCGACCCUGCUACUGUAAACAUACUACAACAAAUAAACUAUGCUUCCCAUAAGGUAGGACUAAAAAUUAAUCUGACUAAAACCCAACUAGCGACUAAUCUUGUACUCGGUGAAAGAGUACACAUAGAUGGCACCCAAGUAGGAGAAACUACCUCAUACACAGAGAUUAUUAAACUAAGCGAAUAUGAUUAACUUUAACAACCAAAGCCUUAUAUUAAAGCCAGAUUUACCAAUUUAUCUGAAGAGAAAGAUUUUCAACCUGUGUUCUUUUCUAACUUAUGAUGCUGAGACUUUGACAUUAGCAAAAAAGGCUGUACAUGAAAUCAAAGUAGCACAGCGUGCAAUGAGGAUGUCUAGAAAGGACAUAUACAGAAACAGGGGAUGACUUCCAACUGGAUGGUCCGAUGAUAUUAAACUGAUCCACACAAAUUAGAUACAGGAGGUAAAAAAUAGAAGAAUGUGGAAGCAAUCAAGGUAGGCUUAUGUCUAACAGUAAAUGAAUAAGGACUGAUUAAUGAUGAAUUAAUACAUGGUAUUGUAUAGCACACUUUUUUUCUAAUUUGCAAUUAAAUUCUCAACAAUUUUUCAUCAGUUUUGAUAUAUUUUACCUAUUUCUGUUCCAAUUUCUUUAGAUUAUCGCGUUGCGUUAUAGAUGUUAGUAAGCCGUUUGUUAUCCAUGUUUUUUUCCUUUCACUACGUUUGAUAUGCUUUUCGUCUGUUGAUAAAUGAAUGCUUUUUAUUUAUUUUUUGACAAGAAGGCUGGAAAACGGCAUAUUUAUUUCUCCGUAUUUUGUUUACGUCUGUUUUACGUACUUUAGCUUGGAGGGUAUGAAAAUCGUACGAAAACGGCAAUUGCGUGAAAAACAAAAAACUUUCGCCAUAAAUGUUGCGGUUUUUUAAAUAAAACACUAUUUAUUAUUGCAUUUGUGGACUCAAUGGUCAACUGUUUUUUUUUUAUAAAUAUGUGUUCAUCUUCAACUAUUUAUGAGUUAUCGACGCUUAAGUUAAGACGCAUUAAUAUAAAAUACAGAUAAUGCAGGUGAUCUUAUGCUUCAUUAAUUAAAAAAUAUAACCGAAAAUGGGACUUUGGGACGGCGAUAACUUAAAAACUGUUGAAGACUGAAAACAGUUUUCCCUUAUUUAAAACACUUUGCACAGAAUUGCCCAUAUAAUCCGAAAAUGUAACAACGCAACAGUAAUGUUUGUUUUUCAUGCAAUUGUUUUUUUAUUACGAUUUUCAAAUUCGCCAAACUAAAAGACGUCGAUUGGAUAUUUUCAAUUUAUUAAAAGUUACGUGGAAAGUCAAAAAAUGCGCAGUUUUUCUUCUUUUUAUUAAUAUCUCCUAAAAACUUCUAUAUCAAGGAACUCAAAAAAUCCGAAUUUUGUUCCGUAGUAGACCUUUUGUUAUUUAUUUAUUUAUUUUAAAACAAAACUGUCGAAAUAGGUUCAUAAACUUAAAUUUUACAGGGGUGUUUUCAAUCUGAAUAAGUCGCACUGUAUAAUUUCUAACCAAAUAUUUCAUAUUAAAUUUUCAAGAUAUUCUUGUGACCCUAAAUUAAACAGCUGCAUCCCAAAUGAUAAAAGCAAAUUAAAAGAAGUUCUUUGGGACGCCCAGUAUAAUUUUCAUAUAUUUUUGCUGACUUUAGUAUUAUAACAAAAAUAAAAUGCUUGGUGCUUAAAAACAUUCGUAGGACCUACAUAAAUAAAAUAAUUAAUAAUUAUUAGAAUUUAGUAUUUGCGCUGUAAAGAUGUUCCGUUUUGUUGUAGAGCUGUUGUUGCAUUGUCAGAAGCAUUUUAAAUACAUACAUACAAAUGUAUGAACUGUGUUAUGUUUCCUUGCUCCGAUGAUCGCAAGGAAACUUAUUAGUCACAUGCUAGUCUUUGUCCGUCAUCAGGAUGUUUUUUUUUUGUAUAUUAUGUUGUAUUAUUGAGUGAAAUAUUAUUAUAUUAAUAAGUGUAAAAAUUAAAUACGAAAGUGUUUCUUUUUUGUUUUAUCGAAGUAUUGUAAAUAAUAAGAAAUAAAUGUGAUUUCUUUCUUUAGGUA